AUGGAAAUUGAGCCUUAUCAGAUGGACUUAGGUACACUUGUGCAACCUGUAGAUAAAUUGACCAUAGAACCUGAUGUUGGUAACUUACCUUUUCUGGUAAAUCUUGAUGAAAUACCUCCAGAAGGUAAAUUUAAGCUGCCUAUUUCUGAACAAUAUGACCCUGAUGGAAAACGGGUAAAAUUAUGUAAAAUUAAUGGAAAGAAAGCAGUCAGAUUUGAUCUCACGCAAAUAAUAAAUGAAGAUUUCGGAGAAAAUGAUAAAUCAAAAGAAGUUCAGAGGAUUAUCAGUGACUUUAUUAUGGAAUCUAAACUUGUUCAAGAACAAGCAAUUAAAAAAGAUGCAACUAUUUCCUUCCAACAGGAUGAAGCUACUGAUUUGAAUGUUAUCAAGGAAAAGGCAUUAGAAAUUGUCAGUGACAGUAUAAAUAGGGCUGUAACAUUUACGAGUGAGGCCAAAGAAAGUAUUAAAAAUGAACUACUAUUAGAAAAAAAUAACUUAUUAUUAUCAAAGGUAGCAAGAGACAGUUUAAAAGAUUCUGACGUCAAAUUUAAAGAAGUAAACAUUCAAAAGGAAUCUAUCAAAGAACAAUAUGAUGUUAAAGUAUCUGAAGAAAUUAAGAAGUUUGAAAAUAUUGAUAAUCGAAGUGAAAGUGUUGAAGAAAGACAACUACGUACUAAACAAGACAUACAGGAAGCUAUAGAAGCGGGUACCGUUUAUAGAAGAUCUGAAGUGUUUAAAAAAGAAAAUAUAGAAAUUAAUGAACCUAUAAAAGUAUAUAAAAAAAGUAGUGUAAUAUCAAAAACUAUUAAUAAAGAUCAAAAUUUGAAUGACUCGGAAGCAAAACGACGAGUAUUUUCAAUAGGACUUCAAACAAUACCCAAUAUUAAAGAAAAGGUUGACGCGAUGCAUGUUAAUUCAAGACUGAAGCUGCUAACAACUUUCUUUUUGCAAUUAACUAAUAUAAUGAUUGCGCUUUCCAAGAUUAUAUUGACACAACCAGUAGCAUAUGUAACUCAGAAAGAGUACACAAAAAAUGAACAAAAAGAUAUUGCGAAAGAAGAUGAAGAUAAUAAAUGGGAGACUUAUAAUUAUGAAGGACAGGGCUUGAGUAAAUAUAAGUAUGAUUACGAUUCUCAUGUAUCGGAAGGAGAAUUAAUACGAAAAGGUAAAUUGACAGGCGCGAAAAUAGCACAAAUAGAAGGAGGCUUACCAGCAGACUUAACAGAUAGAAUGGAUCUUGUGAUAUCUGAAUUUCAGAAGAAAACUGGUUGCGAAGAACAUAGUCGGGAUGAUUUUGAACAGGUUUUUCGGACACGGAGUGAAUCAAGAAGUAAAAUGAAAGAUGACGAUUCGUUUUACAGUGGCACUCGUAGCGAUAAAGACGAUGCUAGAAGAAAAGUUGUUGAAGACUACGUUGAAACUAAAACACAAUCAUAUGAAAUAAAAGAAAUCAAAACAGAAAAACGUACUUCUGAAUCUAUUUCGAAGACAGAAUCAAAACCUUAUGUUUAUGAGACAAAAGUUGAAGGCGAUAAUUUAACUUAUGUUGCAAUUGUGGAGUCUCACGUUUAUACGAAUAAAGAUGCUAUAUUCGAAGAAAAAAUUAUAAGUGAUAGUUCAAUGAAAUCUGAACGUCUUGAAAAAGAAACGCUAGAAGUAGAUACAAUAAUUAAAGAUACAAAAACGUCAUCUCUUGAAGAAACUAUUGUGAUACCUGAAACUAAAGAAGUAACAAUCAAAGAAAAAUACGAUGAAACAAGCGAAAUACAAAAUAUUAAAACUGAUUUAGAGGAAGCGUCCAUUAAAAUUGCCGCGAAAAAGAUAAGUGAGGUUUUAGAACCUUUUGUUCAAAUCUCCGUGGACAAAUCAUAUUCAGUAAAAGAAGAACAAACUAUUGUGGAGCCUUUUAAUUUAUUAGUUCAAAAUAAUGAUAUCACCACUGAAGAAUUUAAACAGUAUUUUGUAGCUACAACUGUAAUGAGUCAAAAAAUAUAUCCAUCUUUGGAGCAGCCCAAGUCAGUAGUAGAAAUUACAGAAAUCAUAGCAGAUGAAAAUGCAAAUCAAGAUGUACAUGUAACCGAAGUGAUUGAGGAAAGAUCUAACGUCCAAAUAGAAGAUACAAGAUCAAUAGCUGAAAUCACAGAAAUAUCUGUAACUGAGGAUCAGAAAGAAGAAUCUUUUGAUGUAACCACGAGCAUAGAGCCAAUUAUUGAAGUUGAAAAUAAUUAUUUAGCCCUGCCUGAAACCUUUACAGUCAUACCCGAAGAAUCUAAGGAAUUAAUAGAAGAAACUCAAAUAAAAACGCAACAAGUUAACGUUGGAGUAAACUUAUUAAGGGCUGUUGAAACUAUUACUACUUCCCCAGUAGAACCACAAUUCAAUAGUCUGCAAGUGUCUCCAAUUAUAGAAAAAGAACCGAUUACAACUAUCUCAACCGCUCCAUUGACGGUAGCGGAAACUACAACAGUGUGCUUGGAAGAAACUACAGCUAACAAUUUAGAAUUUGUAAAACUAGCUGAAGAAAAAUCUGGUGACGUAAUCGAAGCACCUUCAUUUGUUUUAGCAGAAGUGAGCACCAUUAUAUCUGAAGAACCUCGUGAAGAAUUUGAAAUUUCAGAUUUCCAGAGCCAAAGUGCUGAAUUAAAAGUAUUAGAUUUAAAGGCUGCUGAGACCCUCGUUGUAAAUUCUGAGGAAUCAGAACAGGCAGAACUUAAACCGGAACAGUUGAUAACACAGCUUCCAAAAACUGAUAUAGAAUUAUCAAAUUUAACUGUACCAGAAAUUUUAUCAACAACAACUGUAGAAUCUUCCGAGAAAAUUGGAGAUAGUUUGGAAAUAACUAAAGUUCUUAAAAAUGAACAACAAAUUUUAAUUGAAGAAAUUGUUUUAAAGGUUCCUGAAGUUGCUACAGUUGUACCGAGUGGACCGAAAGACAAACCUCUUGAAAUACCGGAAAUAACAGAAUGUAAGCCCUCCAUUGAUAUUAUAGGAAUAAAAUCUGCUGAGACUAUUAUGAUACAACCACAAGAACCUAUAUGUGAAAAGUUGGGUGAUUUUAAAGUUGAAGAAAAACAAGGUACAACUUCAACCGAGGAACCACAUUUAACAUUAGCUGAAGUAAUUUCUACAAUACCUGAUGAAGGAAAAGGCGAGUUAAAUGUACCUGAGUUGAAGACCCUGCAAGCUGAUUUAAGAGUAAUAGAUUUAAAAGUUGCUGAAACUACAGUUAUUCAGCCAGAAGAAUCGAAUAAAGUCGAAAUUAAAUUUGAACAACCUAAAGAGCAGCAUACGAAAACAGACAUUGAAUCAAUCAGUUUGUCUUUACCAGAAACAUUAGCAAUGACUAUUGUUGAGUCGUCAAAAGAUUUUGAUGUGCCCCAGAUUUCUAAAAAAGAUCAAAGAGUAUUAACAGAAGAUAUUCUUUUAACUGUAGCUGAAACAACAGCAAUUGUAUCUAGUGGACCUAAAGAUGAAAUUUUAGAAAUAUCUAAAAUAGAAGAAUGUAAGCCUUCUCUUGAUGUCGUUAACAUAAAAGCUGUUGAAACUAUUGUGAUUCAAUCGGAAGAACCAAAGUUUUUAAGCUUAGAAUGUGAAAAAUUAGACGAAAAGAGAUCCGUAACUUCAGUUGUAGCUCCAUACAUGACUGUUGCUCAAGUUGAGUCUACGACGACAGGAGAAGAGAAAACUGAGCUUAAAGUUCCUGAAUUAAUUGAGCAUAAAGCUAACAUUUCAAUAUUAGAAUUAAAAGCUGCUAAUUCUCUAGUUGUACAAGCUGAAGAGUCAAAACAACCAGAAUUGAACUUAGAAAAACUAAAUAAACAGGAAUCUAUAGCAAUUAUAGAACCGUCAAAUUUGGGAGUGGCUGAAAUUUUAACAACUAACAUUUCGGAAUCUUCAAAACAAAUAUCAGAAGUGGAGAAAAUUGAAAAUCGACAAGCUCAUAUUGAAGUUACUGGAUAUAAGGCUCUAGAAACCACAGAAGUAGCUCUUGCCGAUCUAACGUAUAAGAAAAUCACAAUACCAGAUACAGAAAUUAAACAAAUUAAAACAGCAAUAGAAGAAUCAGUUCAAUCCGUUGCCCAAAAAACUGAAGUUCAAAUUACUGAAGCUGGAAUUCCUAUUCCUAGAGCACCUGAAGUCGUAAGAAAGGAAGCGAACAUUAAAUUUAGUUCUAUAAAGCCGAUAGAACAAGAAACAAUAACAGCCCUAGAAGUUACUGAAGGUGAUAUAAGUGAAAAAACUCAGAGCUUCACUCACGAGGCUAGUUUAAAAGUCGUUGAGUCGAAAGCUGCCAGCGUGGAACAAACUACAACAGUAUUAGAAGCUACGAAGCAUACUGUUACAGAGUCCGAUGUAAAAGAAAAACAAUCUAAAACAGUCAUAGAAAAACCUAAUUUAACCGUAGUAGAAACCAUAACAGUUUUACCGCAAGAAUCAAGAAAUGAAUUUCAAGUUAAAGUAACAAAGGAUCAGAAAGCUAAGAUAGGAGUGUCUGAAUUCAAAACUGCUGAAGUAAGCCUUGUUUCAUCUGAAGAAGCGAAAGAAUCACGAUUAACUUUAAAAUCAUUUGACGAAAAGAAGUCAAAAGAAUCUAUAGAACUAUCAAAAUUAUCUGUUGCGGAAGUUUCAGCGACCACAGUUACAGAAUCCUCAAAGAAAAUUUUAGAAGAAAGGAGAAUGAAAGAUCAACAAGCAAGCUUUACUUUUGAAGAACGUAAGGCCGUUGAAGCAGAAGAGACUUUCAAAGAUAUGUCAUGUAAAAAACUGACUUUACUAGCACCAGAAGAAAAGCAAACACAAAGUAAACUUGAACAAACAGUUCAAUCUGUUGCGCAAGUAACUGAGGUUCAUGUAAAUGAGGCUGAAAAUAAAAUCAUCGAAUCAAAAGAUAAAGUAAUGGAAGCGAGCGUAGUAUUAAAAGCCAUAGCUCCUUUAGAGCAAGAAUCAGUAAUAACAUUGGAGGUUGUUGAAAAAGAUACCCAAAAGUCUAAGCAUUCUAGUAAUAAAGCUAAUCUAGCUAUCGUCGAGUCCACAGCUACUGCCAUUCAAGAAGUACUAGCAGUUACUGAAGUUAAAAAGGAGGACUUCAAGUUUAAAGAGAGUAAUGUACAAGCAAACUUCGGUAUUGAACAGUUAAAGAGAAGAGAAGCCCAAGCACGAGAAGUAGAUUUAUACCAGAAUUUCAAGCUUAGAAAGAACAAAUAUAGAAAUGAAUAUGUUGCAACAUCCCCAAUGACACCAGAAAUUGAGGAAUACAUGUUUUCACUUGAAGCAGAAUUAGAACAUCCUUAUAUUAUAGAACCUGGUGUUUCUGAAGAUGCUUUGUUUAGAAUCAAAGCCCAGAAGAAUCAGAUACAGAGUGCUGACACAAGUUACACACUAGCUAUCGAAAGUACUAUUGAGGACGAUUCAGAACAAAUUGAGGAAAUCGAAGAAGUGGAAAAUAUAUAUUUAGAUAAAAAUUUAAUCGAAAUUCAAGAUACGUCUGUUAGUACGUCUAAAACACAAAAAACUAAAGCAUCUUCUCAUAUUGGUUCAGUUUCUGUUGAAGACAUUUCUGCGGAUACUCACAAUUUGAACGUAAGUCGAAAAAUAUUAAAGCAAAAACAAGCUGCUAUGCAAGAAAAAUCAUUGUCAAAUGAGACAAGGCAUAAACGAGUACGAUUUGGCAUAGACGAAUCGAGCAAAUCAUCUGAAAUUAAUUCGUCUUCAGUAGAAAUAGCUCAAGACUUAUCUACAGAAGCCCUUAGUAAUGAAUCUGGCUAUAAACUUUCUGUAAAGAAAGCAAUGGCGGGCAAAGAAUCCAUAAUCAGCCAUUCGGAGAGCGGAACACUGCAAAGUAGUGAUAUUGUAACGGGUAUGAGUUCUAAAACUAAAACGUCGUCAGUAGAAAUGGCUCAAGACUUGGAUACCGAAGCAAUCAGCAAUGAAGCUAGCUACCAACUAUCUCUAAAGAAAGCUAUAACUGCGGAGGAAUCUAUGAAUCAAUCUAAUCAAAUGUCACUACAAACUACUUCUGACAUGAAUGUGUCAUUAAGCAGCCAUCAAUUAUCUUCUGAAGCUUCGGGUCAUGAUGCAAGUUACAAACUUUCCAUACAACAGGUAACUGAUGGAGAGAUGGAAGAAAAAACAAUGUCAAGCCAAGGUAUCAAAUCUCAAUCUUCAAGCAGAACUAGACAAGUUAAAUCGAGUAAAUCAGCAAAAAAACAAGAUUUAUCACUUCAAAUUGCCCAAACUGGGUCGUUAGAAGCCAGUAUGGAACGCACGGAACAAGCCAGUUACAGUUCAAAGCUACAUCAAUCAUCGGCGAAGGAAGUUUUAUCAACAGGAACAUACCAACAGCAAAUGGAGCUAGGCUUACAUGAUUCAGAAUUUCAUGUAGCUGCGGGUAAAUCUUUAGAAGUUUACGAUGAAUCUGGAGCGAUAGAAUAUUCAGCUGAAAUAAUGAAAGGCGUAUCACAAAAAGCUUCAAAAGACCAACUAACACUACAAACUGAUCUUCAAGGAGCGAUUACAAACGGAUCUAUAUCUUCACCACUCGUACCUCCUACCCCUUUGACCGACGAAUACGUAUUUAGAUUGGAAACCGAUAUGCCUGAAGAAACUCCUUUCGUCCAGAGAGAUUGUUCGAUCAGUCCUGACAGUAUGCACGAAGAAAUCAUUGUAAAUGGUCUCAUGACUCACUACAAGACCAUAGUUGGAAAAAGAAUACUAUACAGCCCUCCUCUUCCAACGCCGCCUACGUCCCCCGAGAAAACGAAGCCCGCGUAUAGCAAACCUGGUUUAAAAGGUGGUUCAAAUACACUGGAAAUGACUGAGGAAGAGCUUCUCGAACUUAGACGUAACAAAAAGCUUGUACGUGCAAUAGAUCGAACAUUGAGACAGAUAGAAGAAUAUAAAGCAUCUGUAGGAAUAACUGAUGACACAAAUAGUAACAAAGAAGUUAGGGACAAAACAGAAGACAAAAAGAGCUCAGAAGAGAAUAGAGAAGAAAAGAUUGACAAAGAAAGGAUGACGGAAACUCCGAUUUACGUCGUAGAAGAAUUCAAAGAUGAUAUAAAGGAAGAAAAUUGUGAAAUUACAGACGAUUGUAUAAAAAUAACUAUUCUUAAUGAAGAUAAUGGUGAUAAAGAAACUGUGACUGUAUUGACAGAAGAUGAAGAAAGAAAAGAAGUAGAAGAAGGAAUGAGUAAUUCAGAUUAUAUUACUCAAAUAGAAAUGGAAAGAAUUAAGGCAGAACUAAGAAGAGCACCAAUAGAUUUGAAUACAGAAAAUAUUCACAAAAAAGAAUUAACGGCAUUGGAACCUGGUAUAUGGAGCGAGGUCAGCUGUGACGAAACAACAGAAAAAUAUUCUGAUUCUGACAAAAUAGAAAAAGAACACAGAGAACAGACUACAGCUGAUUCGACAGAAGCGACAAUGAGUGAUAAACAAACUAUCGGGUAA